UGUGGGAGGAGGUCUCUUGGGUCUCUUCCGGUGUAUAGAAAUUGUGUACCUGUUUGGAAUACAAAACUGGGAGCAGAAUGCUUGCUGGAUCUCAUUUACUGGUUUCGAUGUCCUGUGGCCUGAUUAGCAAAGAACCUGGGAGACCCUCUAAGCCACAGAAUGGAGGUGGUGACCUUUGAGGAUGUGGUUGUGAACUUCAGCAAUGAGGAGUGGAGUUUGCUGAGUCCAUCCCAAAAGAACCUCUACAGAGAUGUGAUGGGUGAAAUCUUUAGGAACAUGGCUGCAAUUGGAGGACUUGGGGAUAUCCAGGAAGCUGAAAAAGGAGGCAAAAUUUACUGGAGAUACUUAAGAAAUGACAAGCUAGGGAAAUCUUAUGGACAUACAUCUUGGAAUCAGUGUAAAGAAGUCUUCCUUUGUACUGCAGGAGGUAAUGUGAAUGUGAAAGAAACAGAAACACACCACAAUGUUCAGAUCCAUGAAAAAUAUUGCAGUGGAGGGAAACCCUAUGUAUGCAAGCAAUGCGGGAAUGGUUUUACUACACAUGGAAUUUGUAAGAAACACGAAAUAAUUCACAGAGGAGAGAGACCCUACAUAUGUAAGGAGUGUGGGAAAGCUUUUACAACACAUACGUAUUGUCAAGUACAUGAAAGUCUUCACUCCAGAGAAAAACGUUAUGAAUGUAAGCACUGUGAGAAAGCUUUCAGCACAUGUACUUAUUGUGUAAUACAUGAAAAAAUUCACACUGGGCAGAAAUCGCAUAUAUGUAAGAAAUGUGGGAAAGCUUUUAGCAGUAAAAUUCAUUUUCAAAUACAUGAAAAUGUUCACACUGGAGAGAAACCCUAUGUGUGUAAGCAAUGUGGAAAAGGUUUCACCCAACUUGGACAUUGUAAGGAACAUGAAAGAAUUCACACUGGAGAGAAACCAUAUGUAUGUAAGCAAUGUGGGAAAGCUUUUAAUACACGGGGAGACUGUAAGAAACAUGAAAGAAUUCACACUGGAGAGAAACCCUAUGUAUGUAAGCAAUGUGGGAAAGCUUUUACCAGACCUGGAUGUUGUAAGGAACAUGAAAGAAUUCACACUGGAGAGAAACCAUAUGUAUGUAAGCAAUGUGGGAAAGCUUUUAACUCACGUGCAAGUUAUAAGGUUCAUGAAAGAAUUCAUACUGGAGAGAAACCAUAUGUAUGUAAGCAAUGUGGGAAAGCUUUUAACUCACGUGCAAGUUAUAAGGUUCAUGAAAGAAUUCACACUGGAGAGAAACCAUAUGUAUGUAAGCAAUGUGGGAAAGCUUUUAACUCACGUGCAAGUUAUAAGGUUCAUGAAAGAAUUCAUACUGGAGAGAAACCCUAUGUAUGUAAGCAAUGUGGGAAAGCUUUUAACACAUGGGGAGACUGUAAGAAACAUGAAAGAAUUCACACUGGAGAGAAACCAUAUGUAUGUAAGCAAUGUGGGAAAGCUUUUAACAAACGUGCAAAUUGUAAGGUUCAUGAAAGAAUUCACACUGGAGAGAAACCAUAUGUAUGUAAGCAAUGUGGGAAAGCUUUUAAAACACAUGCAGAUUGUAAGAAACAUGAAAGUUUACAUUCAAUAUAAAACCAGUGUAUAUAAGCAUCAUGAGAAUGGUUUCAGCACACAUACAUAUUGCAUAAUGCAUGAAAAUCUUCACACUGGGCAGAAAACUAACAUAUGUAAGGAAUGUGGGAAAGGUUUCAGCAGAAAUGCUCAUUGUCCAAUACAUUAUAAAAUUUACUUGGUUAAGAAACCCUGUGUAUGUGAAGAAUGUGGGAAAGCUUUCACCACAUAUGGAUUUUUUAAAAUACAUCAAUGAGUUCACACUGGUAAGAAACCCUAAGUAUAUAACAAUGUGGCAAAGCUUUUACUGCAUAUAGUAAUUGCAAAACACAUGAAAGAAUUCAAACUGAGAAGAACCACUGCUAUGUAAGCAAGUGGAGACACUUUCAUCAGCCAGAUUGUAAGUGAAAUACAUGAAAAAACUCACACAAGAGAUAAAUCCUAUGUGUUAUGGGAAUACUCUCAGCAUACUUGAUCAUUGUUACAUAUCUGAAAGAGCUCACUGGGCAGAGAUUCUAUGUGGACUAACAAUGUGAGAAAUAUAGCAAUCCAUGUUUUUGUUAAAUGCAUAGAAAAAGCAUCACUGUUCAGACAGUUUAGAUCUAAGUUUACUUUAAAAAUCCCAAGGAGACCUGAAGAAAUAAUCAAUACAGAAGUUAGAUGUCAAUAUUUCUUCACAAAUAUUCCAGAAAUCACAAAUCUGAGGUGGAGCUCUACUCAAUUGCAUAUGUUUUAUGAUUUUCAGUUAAUCCCUUGUACCUCUCUAGAUUUUUUAAAGUGUUUUUGUGCUUCAACAUGGCAUCUUGUAAUUAAACAUGCUAAACUGAAAUGGGCUUUUCACUUUCAAGUAUGGAUAGGGCCUAUGUACUUAAUAUUUUUUCUUUAAAACUUAAAUUUUAUAUUUUUUGGUGAAUUGUAAUGUUUAUUUAAAGAGAAAAAAGUGUAGUAAUAAUAUAGAAUUUCAGAAAAAUAAACCAUAAGAAAUCACUAGUUGAUUAGUAUCAUAUUGUCAUCUUAGAAGUAGUUGUUCAAGUUACAAAUUUAAAGCAUACAAAGUGAUAUUCAAAUAAUGACACUGACAACAGUUCACCUCAAUGAUCCACCAAAAAGUUAUUAAUAUGCCAUCUGUCCUACACACUUUUUUUUUCUUAAAAAGGGUAAGAUUAAACAUGGCAAAACAGAGCAGAACAGAAGGAAACACAGAUUUCAAAAGAAGUCCACUGGAAAUGUUCACUGUCUAUCUUACUGUCUCUAGUUUUCUUCCAAAUAGUUGUUCCCAUCUUCACACACAUUGAAUAUAUACUGAAUAUUAUAGAACUAAUCAAAUAAUUACAGGAUGAUGCAGGCUUUUUUGAUCUUCAAGACUGAUUUUCGGGAAGUUGAUAAUGACUACCAUAAUGUCUUUCAUUGUCUUUGAAGUAGCUGUCUUUAUCUUUAUGUAUGCUGAAAUGGAACAUAAGAGACUGGACUAAUAUCA